AUGAAGGUCAUCGUGACGGGCGCCACCGGCAAUGCCGGAAGACAGAUUGUCCAGCAGUGCAUCGACAGCCCGCGCAUCACCAAAGUGGUGAUUCUGACGCGGAGGGCUGUCUCGGGCGAGGUCGAGAGCCACCCCAAGGUCGAGGUCGUGAUGCAGCAAGACUUUUCUCACUAUACUGAAGCCGUAAUGAGCCGGCUCGAGGGCGCAGAGGCGUGUCUGUGGGCCAUCGGCAGUCGCGCAGAGCAGCUCAAAAGUGAAAAGGGCCUGCACCGCAAAGUAGGCGUCGAACUCCCCAUUACCGCCGCCAAGGCGUUUUGCGCACGGCUCGCAAACAAGGUGCCAGCAAAAGGCAAGUUCCGCUUCGUCUUCUGCAGCAGACACGCCGCCGAGAGGAGCAGGAGGCCGCUGCUCCUGAUGAGUGAGUCGCGCCGGUGCGUCAACGAGGUUGAACGGGGCCUGGGCGAGGUGGCCGACGACGCCCACCGAGACAAAUUUGAGGCCUAUAUCCUGCGUCCUGCCAGCUUCAUCGCCUCGGAGGGGCAGUUUCCGGAGCCGCCGGCAUCGGUUUCGAAGAAGUUGGUGGGCGGGCUGCAUGGGUCCUCGUCGUCCUCGUCGACUAUCGGGACGGUGCAGGUCGGAAAGGCUAUGGUGCACGUGGCCUGCAACGGAUGGAGGGAAAGGACUAUUGAGAACGACGUUCUGGUUAAGGUUGCGUGA